AUGUGUCCGAUCCGAUGUGUCCGAUCCGAUGUGUCCGAACCGAUGUGUCCGAUCCGAUGUGUCCAACCGAACCGAUCUAACCGAACCGAUGUGCCUAAUCCGAUGUGUCCAAACCGAUGUGUCCGAACCGAUGUGUCCGAACCGAUGUGUACGAACCGAUGUGUCCUAACCGAUGUGUCCGAACCGAUGUGUCCGAUCCGAUGUGUCCAACCGAACCGAUCUAACCGAACCGAUGUGCCUAAUCCGAUGUGUCCAAACCGAUGUGUCCUAACCGAUGUGUCCGAACCGAUGUGUCCGAUCCGAUGUGUCCGAACCGAUGUGUCCGAACCUAUGUGUCCGAUCCGAUGUGUCCAACCGAACCGAUGUAACCGAACCGAUCUAACCGAGCUGAUGUGCCUAAUCCGAUGA